GUCGUCUGCUUUCCGGACAAAUAUCUAUUCGAGUCUAAUAAAAACUUUGAAUUUAUAAUAUUUUUCGUACUAGCUUCUAAGGAGAUUCCUGAUAAAUCUUUAACGAUAAAAAAAUUAAAAAACAGUUUCGGGAAAAUAAACCACCGAGCAAAUGCGAAUGAGGAUCUUUAAAUUACAUGUCAUUUACAAAUUAAUUUAGGUCUAAAUAAAUUAAUGUCUCGGAUGAACUGAACGAAGCUACACUCGAUGGCAACUCGAGAUACAACAACAAUUAAUUAUGAAAGCAGUAAGAGCUGCACGUACAAGCGAUCGCAUGUCUAGAUGCCUUUAAAUUUGGCGAACGGUGUAAUAUGCCAGCGCUCUGGCAAUCCUCUCAACGACCUAUGUACAUUCGAACCGUAUGGGUCGACGGAUUCCGACAUCCAAUACUUAACUACGACGAUCCUUGUUAUAUUAAACUGAGCGCGAAGAGAAGACCUUACUCAUCGGCCAGUACCCAUAAAACAUCAACAAAAAUUCGAAGUGGUCGCCUUAGUCACCGACACGAAGAUUUAGAAGACUGCUUACGAAAGUUACGUCUUGUAAUUACAAACGAUAAAUCAUUAAAAGGCGAUCAAGAACUGGGCGUGGAAACACUUAAUCUAUCCGACGUUGAUGACUCCGACGACGAACUGAGAAUUACAGCGUCUCCGCAACCUUUAAAAGAUUUCGACUCAUCCAUAUACGAUAACAUAACCAUGAAAGCGAUUAAGAGCAAUCGAACUUCCAGAACCGAUUCGAAGGAAAACACAGAACUGUCAGAUAGAGUACUACAAUGGCUAGACCUAGCUGGGAAGAUAGAUCUGCUGAAAGAAGAUACGGGCGAAAGGAUGUCCCAACCGCGGCACAGCUGGCCAGAAAUACAAAAGCGUAAUUUAAUUAAAUCAAAGACGUCAGCCGACUUAAAGGCAAAGGAGUCAAAACCGGUCGAACAGAAACUGAGUGGCCCCAUCGAUCGGAAUGAAUUUAAUGUGCCAACGUCGAAUACGAUUGAGAACUACGCACGGCAGUCACGAAACGUGAAAAGCACGCUGCGACACGACACAAGGAUAAAGGAAAACAGACGGGCCAAAGAUAUAAAGCGUAACAUAGUGGAAACCAGACAGAAAGUAGUCACUGAGAGGAGCGCGGUUGAGAAACAGUACGCGGAGUUAGUUAGCAAGAAAUUGAUUCCAGAUGUGGGAAAAGUUAAAAAGCAGGUGCACAUUUUUAUGCCAGAGGCGUUGCCGAAACGAACGGACUCUAAUGUGACUAGUCGAACGCAGAGUCUGCUAUCGCAUAAAAUUUAACAAAGUAUACUUAUUA